CUUUUUUCUUGAUUCUUGCAGGUUAUGUGUGUAUAAAGUUUACAUCAAAAAUUAGCUCUUGAUACGAGAUGGAAAUCGAAAAUGAGCGUCCAAAUAUUAGAAUUGAAAUCCCAAAUCAACAAAUGGACGUUGAUGAAUCUGAGAAUGAGGACGGAGAAAUUGUUGAUGACGACCAACAAGAAAUACAAAUGCAACAAAGUCUCCCUGCAUCAGUAUUUACUACAGGUAUAAAUAUUUUCGACGAAGAAGAACACAAAAAGCGAGUAGAAAGAGCCAAGAGAUUUGCAUUAAAACCAGAAGAAAUCCACCAUUUUACUGAUGCUGAUCAUGAAGAGCUUAGAGAAAGUCUGGGAAUUACAGACGAUAAUGAAAAUUUAAUCAGGUUCGAUACAGUGCAUUUGUUGGGUACGAAAGAUAUGUUAAUUGAAGACAUCUUAGACUACUUUGCUAAGUAUGCUCCAACAGAAAUAGAGUGUGUUGAUGAACAAAGUGUUAACGUAAAAUGGGUCGAGAAUAUAACUGCAGCAAGGGCUAUGUUUUAUACAUCUAAAGCAGUGAAGGGAAUGCCAGUUAGGCAUUGUAACCAAGUGUUGGUUAAAGACUUUCUGGAUGGAGAAGAACCUGAAGAAGAGCAUGGUCAGAGUAUUUUGCUUAAAAAUAGACAGGUUGAACUUUCAGUAGAUGGUGUUAUUGUGCCAAAUACUGCUAAGGAUAAGUUUAAAAAUGCAGUUGACAUCACAGAAAUAACAAUACCUAUUCCACCUGGUUACUGGAGGCUGGGCGACAAACAUCCGAAAGCCAAAUGCUUGCUGUUGAGAUAUGCAAUGAAGACUGACAAAAAACCAUACAAGAUUGAAUACCUAGCCAAAUACUACAAAAGAAUGGGCACUACUAAAAAUUUAUCCGACCCAAAACAGAAAGGGGGUAUAUUUGACAGAAAUAAAGAUCUGCCAAGGGGUAAGAAUCCAUGGGGGAAUUUGGCCAGGAAUUGGGAUAAAGAUGCUAAAUUUAGGGAAACUACACCAACAUCAGGAGAAACUGUAGAAAUAAAGAAUUCCAGUCUCGCUACAAGAUUGGGAGUGAAAACACGUGCAGAUUCAGAAAAUGAAGUAGAGAUAGUUGAAGAAGAAACCACAGUCAAGAAACCAAAAGGUAGGGCGAUGCGAAUGCGUAUGUACGCAGACGAAGAAGAAGAAAGGAUAAAAAUAAGGAAAGCCAUUCAGAAACUAAAAAACCAAACUGAACAAUUGAAAAAAGAACCCAAAGAUUUAAGAACCAUUUUAAGCAUAAACAACUACAGAGAACCCAUCGAAGUGAUCGACUUGGUAGAAGAUGAUCUGGGAAGGAAACUUAAGAAUAGAUCGCGACAGAUCGUGUUCGCCAUCGAUAGGGAUCCUGUUGAGUUAAGAAGGGACAGGAAAGAGAACAUCAAGUCUGAUGUGCGUUCGGUGUUGAAUAGGAGAAGAGGACGAUCCCGAUCGCCGUAUGAGCACAGAAGAGGAGAACAUUCGCAAAGACACCGAGCAAGAAGCCCCUUACGCAGAGAGGAAUCCCCCGUUCGGCGACGUUCGCCGUUACACAGAAGACACGCUACGCCCGAACGUACCGUCAGAUACAACAGAUAUUCUAGUAGGUACCAGGAGUACGACCACUCGGACCAAGAUGACGCCGACGGGAAACCCAGAAGUAAAGUGGCGGUGGUGAUAAAGAAGCAAAAACAGCCGACGGUGGCUUCCACGAUCUGGUCCAAGACACAAGAGAGCGACAGCGAGGAGAGCUCCAGCUCCGAGGAGGAAAGCUCGAAUUCUGAGGAGUCCGAAAGUGGUAGUUCCAGUGAAGAAAGCGAAUCAGAGUCAGAGGAAUCAGAUAGCGGAUCUUCAUCGUCCGAAGAGGAAGAAACGCCAAAAACGCGGAAAAUUGCAAGACCGGGUUUCGACUACAAUGCUGUGGGUACAAUGAAACCACCGAGCACUCUCAGGAUCACGAUGGCCAAUGAUAGGUAUAGAAGAGAUUAAGAAGAAUUAAGAGUGUGAAACAAAAAAAUAUGUACAAUUUGUAAAUUUUUAAAAGUCUUUAUAAUCGUAACUUUGUAGGAAUAAAAUGUUUUUGUAAG